AGCCCGUUUCCCAAACACCACGUGCGGCAACUUCACCCACCGGUGGAAGAAGGGGAGAGAGCGAGCGUUGCCGUCAAUGUCCGCGCUCCCUCCCAAGUGCGCUAGGGUUUAACCCCAAACUGCUCGAUCUAUCCGUCCCAGUCCGAUUCGGCACCGUCGGGGCGGCGACAUGGGAUACCUCCAGGAGGCCAGGGAGAAUCACGUCAAGAAGAAGGUCGAGGAAGCUUUGCGCAGCAAAAUGAAACAAAAGGCCCUUAAGGAAUGUGAUUUUUAUUGUUCAAAAUAUGCUGAGUGUGCUCGAGGAAGAACAUUUUCUGUGGUAUGGCAAUGCCGUAAACAAGCAAAAGAGUUGAAUGAAUGCCUUCAUCAGUUCACGAAUGAUUCAGUCCUGGAAGAAAUGAAGAAAGCUUACAUGGUUGAGCAAGAGAGCAAGGAAAUGAAACAAUAAGCAUUACACAAUGGACAAUGGGCAUCGUGUUGUUCUUGUUUGUACGUAUACUGUUGCUUUCGGGAGAUCUCUGCUUUCGGUGCAUGCUAAAUGAAUGCAUAACUGAAAUUAGCACAAGGCAUCAUUGUUUAAGUUUCUGUGUGAGUACACAAUAUCAGAUGUUACCAUCUGUUUCAAUUUUCAUCUCAAAUAGAUUUCAUCGGGUGAAGAUAGAGUUGCUGUUUGUUUCCCUUCUACGGUUCUACCGUUAGCUCUGAUUUUACCAUUAGUGUGGAAGAUAUUGGCUUCAGAAUGAAAUCAUGUUUGC